CAACAUGUUACUCUCCCGGCGGGUGCCUUAUGUCUGUGCUCAAUGCACUGGGCAUCCGGUGCGCAGCCCCCUUCGUCCGUUGUUAUCUCGUGCCUCUUGGCAACGACGUCAUAAAAGCCACCAUGUGCAGGGAGAUCGCCCCGUCCGUGUGGCCGUUGUGGGUUCUGGACCUGCGGGAUUUUAUGCAGCAUAUAGAUUAUUGGGAAGGAUCGACAAUGCCGUGGUAGAUAUGUAUGAAAAGCUCCCGGUGCCGUUCGGAUUGGUGCGCUACGGGGUAGCGCCCGACCACCCAGAGGUCAAGAACUGUGAGGAGAAAUUCACUGAAGUCGCAACAUCCCCACGUUUCAAUUUUAUUGGCAACGUCGAAGUGGGGGAAAGCCUCUCGCUGCAGAGCCUGAAACCGCACUACGAUGCCAUUCUCUUCUCAUACGGAGCGCCAAAAGACAAGGAGCUGGGAAUCCCCGGGGAAAAGACCACCCGCAAUGUGUACUCCGCGCGGGAGUUUGUGGGGUGGUACAACGGCCUUCCGGAACACCGGGAUCUCGCUCCCGAUCUGACUGCGGGCGAGGAUGCGGUGAUCAUUGGACAGGGGAAUGUGGCUCUGGAUGUGGCUCGGAUCUUGCUGACUGACAUCGAUGUGUUGCGCAAGACCGACAUUGCGGACUACGCUGUUGAGCACUUGCUCACGAGUAAAAUCAAGCGGGUCCGCGUGGUCGGCCGACGAGGGCCUAUGCAGGCUGCAUUUACUAUAAAGGAACUGCGGGAACUGCUCCAACUUCCUUCUGUAUCCUUUGAUCCGGUCCCACGGGAUUUGAUACCCCCGGAAGAAGUCAUGGCUGCCUUACCUAGGGCUCAGAAACGGCUGAUCCAACUGCUAGCCAAGGGCUCGACCAACGAUCCUGCGACGGCCACCAAGUCUUGGUCAUUAGACUUCCUGCUCUCCCCCGAGAGCAUUAACCACUCCCCGACCCAUCCCGAACGUCUAUCCAAUGUGACAUUUUCUCGCAAUGAGUUGGACCCGUCCGAUCCGUAUCUGCCUACCUCCAAGGUAAAUCCGAAAUACCUGCAGAACGGCGAACGGGCCCAAGUCGACCUUCCUGCUAGCACAUUUUUCCGCAGCGUCGGCUACCAGUCGAUCCCUCUUCCAGGAUUAGAUGAUCUGGACAUCCCGUUCGAUACCCGACGCGGUGUCAUUCCCAACGACGGGUACGGCCGGGUCAUCAGCCCCAAGCCCACUAGCGACGCGGAGCGCCUACCAGACGGUUCUCUGCUGUCUCACCUGCCCGGAAUCUACUGUGCCGGCUGGGUCAAACGCGGCCCAACUGGCGUGAUUGCCACAACCAUGACAGACGCCUUCAGCACAGCCGACGCCAUAGCAGCCGACCUGAACGGCACCGGUCACACGAAGUAUUUGCUGAAUCCCCCCGCCGAGAGCACCGGCCUCGGAUGGGAGGGCGUCCGUCCUGAAGCGGAGAAGCGGGGCUUGCGACCUACCACAUGGCAGGACUGGCAGCAGAUCGACGCUGUGGAGCGGGAGCGCGGCCAACAGAAGGACAAGAUCCGUGACAAAUUCGGCCGGGUCCAAGAGAUGUUGGACGUCAUCUCCUAAAGACUACGGUGUUUAUGAUCAAUGGAUGUUCAGUGUAUCAUAUCUCUCCUCACGAAUGUACUAUAGAUUGCCCUUUGUCGCCAGGGUAUCGAGCUUACGAUAUGGGGCUGUAUCAUAG